GCAAUAUUUGAUGAAUCUGCAAAAAAGGAUGAGGAAGUGUUUCGCAUGGCAGUUUCAGACCUCAACCAGAAUGAUGAAAUCUUACAGACAGAGAAAAUCACAAUUUCUGUGAAUUUUGUGGAUGGCAACAAUCCAUUCCAGGCAGUUCAAGAAGCCUGUGACCUUAUGAACCAUGGCAUCCUGGCUCUUGUCAGUUCCAUUGGCUGUACCUCAGCAGGAUCCCUCCAGUCCUUGGCAGAUGCUAUGCACAUUCCUCACCUCUUCAUCCAGCGGUCAACAGCUGGGACUCCAAGGAGUGGAUGUGGGACCACAAGGAGCAACAGAAAUGAUGACUACACACUCUUUGUCCGCCCGCCUGUCUACAUCAAUGAUGUCAUCCUGAGAGUGGUCACAGAAUAUGCCUGGCAGAAAUUCAUCAUUUUCUAUGACAGCGAGUAUGAUAUCCGUGGAAUACAAGAGUUUUUGGACAAAGUAUCUCAGCAGGGAAUGGAUGUAGCACUGCAGAAAGUAGAGAACAACAUCAAUAAAAUGAUCACAGGCCUCUUUGCCACCAUGCGGAUUGAAGAACUGAACCGCUACCGGGAUACUCUGAGAAGGGCCAUUCUGGUCAUGAACCCAUCAACGGCCAAGUCCUUCAUUGCUGAGGUCGUGGAAGCCAAUUUGGUUGCUUUUGACUGUCACUGGAUCAUUAUAAAUGAGGAGAUCAAUGAUGCGGAUGUGCAGGAGCUGGUGAGAAAGUCAAUUGGAAGGUUAACCAUAAUUCGCCAGAGCUUUCCUGUGCCUCAGAACAUCAGCCAGCGCUGUUUCCGUGGGAAUCACCGCAUAUCUUCCUCACUUUGUGAUCCAAAAGAUCCUUUCUCUCAAAAUAUGGAGAUUACCAACCUCUACAUCUACGAUACUGUCCUUCUGCUAGCAAAUGCUUUUCAUAAGAAGCUGGAGGACCGAAAGUGGCACAGCAUGGCUAGUCUGACAUGCAUCAGAAAGAACUCAAAGCCCUGGCAAGGAGGGAGAUCCAUGCUGGAUACAAUCAAAAAGGGUGGAGUGAAUGGCCUGACUGGAGAACUAGAGUUUGCAGAAAAUGGUGGGAAUCCAAAUGUUCUUUUUGAAAUCCUGGGGACCAACUAUGGUGAAGAAUUGAGCAGAGGUAUCCGCAAGCUGGGCUGCUGGAAUCCUGUCACUGGUCUUAAUGGAUCCUUAACAGACCGAAGGCUGGAGAAUAACAUGCGUGGAGUGGUUCUUCGUGUAGUGACAGUGCUGGAGGAACCAUUUGUGAUGGUGUCAGAAAAUGUUUUGGGGAAGCCAAAGAAAUACCAAGGGUUUUCGAUAGAUGUGCUGGAAUCUUUAUCCACCUACCUUGGCUUCACAUAUGAAAUUUAUGUUGCACCAGAUCACAAGUAUGGACGCCCCCAGGAAAAUGGAUCUUGGAAUGGACUGAUAGGAGAACUGGUAUUUAAGAGAGCUGAUAUAGGUAUUUCAGCAUUAACCAUCACACCAGACCGAGAAAAUGUGGUUGAUUUUACCACCCGUUACAUGGACUACUCAGUGGGUGUACUGCUCCAGAAGGCUGAAAAGACAAUGGAUAUGUUUGCCUGCUUGGCUCCAUUUGAUCUCUCCCUAUGGGCCUGUAUAGCUGGCACAGUGCUAUUAGUAGGACUUUUAGUUUACCUCCUCAAUUGGCUCAAUCCACCUCGUCUGCAAAUGGGAUCAAUGACUUCAACAACUCUCUAUAACUCCAUGUGGUUUGUCUAUGGCUCCUUUGUGCAACAAGGAGGAGAGGUUCCCUAUACAACCCUGGCAACUCGAAUGAUGAUGGGUGCCUGGUGGCUCUUCGCUUUGAUUGUCAUCUCAUCCUACACAGCAAAUCUAGCAGCUUUUCUGACUAUCACUCGAAUUGAAAACUCCAUCCAGUCUCUUCAGGACCUCUCCAGGCAGACUGAUAUUCCUUAUGGCACUGUUUUGGACUCUGCAGUAUAUGAACAUGUUCGAGUGAAAGGGAUGAAUCCUUUUGAGAAGAACAACAUGUAUUCCAAACUCUGGCAGAUGAUUAAUCGAAGUAACGGGUCUGAAAAUAAUGUGCAGGAAUCCCAGGCAGGCAUUCAAAAGGUCAAAUAUGGAAAUUAUGCCUUUGUGUGGGAUGCAGCAGUUUUGGAAUAUGUUGCUCUGAAUGACCCAGAUUGUUCCUUCUACACUGUUGGAAAUACUAUUGCAGAUCGAGGUUAUGGAAUUGCUCUUCAACAUGGAAGCCCUUACAGAGAUGUAUUUUCACAAAGGAUUCUAGAGCUUCAGCAGAAUGGGCAUAUGGAUCUUCUAAAACAUAAGUGGUGGCCAAGAAAUGGCCAGUGUGACCUAUACUCCUCUGUGGAUCCAAAAUAUAAAGGAGGAGCUUUGGACAUAAAGAGCUUUGCAGGUGUAUUUUGCAUACUGGCUGCUGGGAUUGUUCUCUCCUGUUUAAUUGCAAUGUUGGAAACAUGGUGGAAUAAAAGAAAAGGCUCACGGGUUCCUUCAAAAGAGGAUGACAAAGAAAUUGAUCUGGAGCAUCUCCAUAGACGUGUGAACAGCCUCUGCACAGAUGAUGAGAGCCCCCAUAAACAAUUUUCCACCUCAUCCAUUGACUUGACUCCCUUGGACAUUGACACCUUGCCCACGCGUCAAGCACUGGAGCAAAUCAGUGACUUCAGGAACACUCAUAUCACUACUACAACCUUCAUACCAGAACAGAUCCAGACUCUUAGCCGCACACUUUCAGCAAAAGCUGCUUCUGGAUUCUCUUUUGGCAGUGUGCCAGAACACCGAACUGGCCCUUUUAGGCACAGGGCUCCAAAUGGGGGCUUUUUCAGAAGUCCCAUCAAAACAAUGUCUUCAAUUCCAUAUCAACCAACUCCAACCUUAGGGCUCAACAUUGGUAACGACCCAGACCGAGGCACCUCCAUAUAAAGCUUCAGACAUUGUUUUGUCACUGUUUCCUUCUAGGACUCCCUUUGCAAGGAGCAGCUAUGAUAUUGUGGGACUAACAUGGAUGUAACUUUUUUAAAAGAAAUCAGGAGUAUUAGUAACAACUCACUAUCCUUCCUCUUCCCCUCCUCUUUUUCACUUUCUCUCUUCUACUACUUGAGGCCAUGAUUUUUCAGACCGUAUUCCCUACAGUAGAGUAGCUCCGCUGGCUAAACAAGUGAGACUCCAGAAUAAGGGCUCUCUAGAAUGUGUUAUGGCCCCAACUCUACAACCACCAAACCAAUUCAUUAUAGUCAGUGGGAUUACUCUGAAGUAGAUGCAACAUGAGCCACUGUUGCAAAACUAUCAUGCCACCCUCCUAGUAUUCCAUUAGUAUACAUUUCAUAAACUUGAAAUAUAGGAAAUAGACACUGAGUCUGUAUCAAAGAUAUUGGUUACUUCACUGAAGAAACUUUGAAUUGUUUCUCCUUUGUUCUGAUAUAAUUGCAAUAACUUCAGUCUUUUCUCUAUGUUCUGCUGCAUCCAUACUGUCUUUCACGGCUAUUGUGUGUCCUUUUAACUGUGGACCAAAGGCAAACCUUGCAAUUUUUACAGGAAAAAUAAUGAGAGAAAGGGGAAAGAGAAGGGAGAGACCAUUCAGGCCACCUAAUAAGAGAAUGCAAUUUUGUAGGAUUUCAAGAAGCCAUUGCUAAGCCAGUAAAAACUACAGUUAGAUCUCCUUUUUGCACUGCAACAGUGCAUAUGACAUUUAUGUGAUUGUACAGUGUUUAAAAAGGUUUUUUAUGUACAGUAAACUGUAUCAUACAGCAGAAUCUUCUUUAAAUAAAUUAGUAUCUCAUACAUAUAUACAUAUACAUAUAUAUACAUUUUGGUAUAUGUAUAUAUAUACACAUGUAUAUAUCUAUAAAACAGUAGCCAGUGCUACUACAAUUUGUCUAAUAAGGCUUUAGUCAAAAUGUGUUGUAUACUGGAAAGAUGUAUAGGGCAGGGGGUCUUUUCAGCAAGAAAAGGCAGGGUGCUUUGAUGUAAUUCUGAUUUGCAUUGUUUGAUAAAGCAUUUUAUACUUUUUUGUUUAAAAUUAGAACAUCCAGGGCAAUGUAAUGUUUGUUCCUAGAUGUGUAACUCAUUUGUUUAGGUUUUCGCAUUGGCUACUGAGCAAUGUGCAAGGCUUAACGUUAACCAUUUACUUCUGAAUUAAUUUGACAAAAUGGAAAGAGAUGAAAACCAUAUCCAGAAGGUGUUGAUUUUCAGCUCUCAAGGGAGCUUGAAAAACAGAUCAUGGAAGGUUAAUAAAUCCUCUUUGAAAUCAAUGCCAUCAAUCAUUGCAGAUGUGGUGUGAGUUGGGAAAGGGAGUCUGUUGAGAAAUAUUGGUGUGGCCUUAAUUGCAAUCCUAUAUUACUCCACGAAGUGAAAGGAGAGAGAAUGAGCUCUUGUUUAAAUCUUUAUUACAUAUUCAAUUAUAGAUGUAUUUUUGAUGUGAGUGCCAAUUGUAUAGACUGAUAAACCGAUGACAGCAAAAAUAGUGCCUCCUCUGGCUGGGUGGCAUUUUUGAAGCUAACACUCUCUUACCUGUUUAGAACUGUAAGCUUUCAGUUGUAAUCCUUAAAAACUAAAAUGCAAUUUAAGUAGAAAGCAAGCCAACUGAUCCUGUGUUUUCUUUUUCUUUUCUUUUUUAAAAUAAUUAUUUUAACCUAACUCAACUAUGUGGCUAGGACUUGAUUAUAGGAACCAACUUAGGUGAUCUGCUUUAGGACAAAUUUCAAGGUAUAUUCUUCAGAUUUAUUCUAUUUUGAUGCUUAAUUCUGUUCUGGGAGAGCAUCUUGUACUGUCACUGUUUUUUGUAUGAAAUCUUCAUAAUAUUGUCUACUGUGUAAGGCAGAACAAUUUUCUUAUCAUGCAAAGGCCAUUUUGUUUCCCAGGGUACAAGUGUUUAAAAGCAUGCACAACUUGUUUCCCCUUGUAACAUUCAUGAGCUCCUAAUCAACUGAUUAAACAAAAAAAAGACAGAAAUUUCUUUACGAUAAGUUAUAGGGUUAUACCAGGUGUUACGGUGAUUUUAGUGGGAAAAAACAAUUAUUUCAAUGUGUUGCCUAUUAUACUGAUAACACAAACACAUUUUGGAGGCCUCAGUUACAAGUGGCAGA